GGAACUUCUUUUUCAUUCCCCUUCUAGUAUUUUUUUACAAGACAAUUGAAUAUUGAGACCAAACAGGCAAACACCGGAAUUUCUAGGAACCCCUCCAGCCAAGAUUGAACUCCCCAUCAAUUUUUUCACAAAUUGCACGACCACCAUCACUGCCAACUAUUCUUUACUUUCUCUUCCUCCGUUAUCGAAGAAUGAAGCUUUCUUUCUCUCGUUCAUCAAAGCAAUCAUCUUCAAAACCAAACACCAUACCAAAACCUUUAGAAGAUUUAACCGAUUCCUCAGAAAAAACCUUUCUCACCGAAUUCGAUCCUUCCAAAACCCUAAUUUCAAAUCCUACACCUAAAAAACUUGUGAUUCCUCCAAAGCAAAACGAAUGGCGUUCAACAAAGAAGAUGAAGAAUCUCGAUCUCCCCCCUAUUCAUUCCGACGGGAAGCCCCUCGAAUUCGAGAUGGAAUCUUCCGAUAUUGCAGCACCCGAACCCGGAUCUGAUAUUUCAUAUGGGCUUAAUGUCCGCCAACAACAAAGAGGUAGUAAUGUUAAUGGUAACGAUAAUUUUAAUACUCGUGAUUCAGUUGAUUCCAUUUUGCUAAAGAAAUUAAGGAAUGAUAUAGAUAAGUUGAAUGAUGACGAGGGUUUUGAAAAUUAUGAUGAAGUUCCUGUUGAGGGUUUUGGGGAAGCUUUGUUAGCUGGGUAUGGGUGGAAACAAGGUAUGGGAGUUGGGAGGAACGCUAAGGAGGAUGUUAAGGUGAUUGAGUAUAAGCGGCGAACUGCCAAAGAGGGAUUAGGGUUUACUGAUAAAGAGGUCCCUGUGAAAUUGGGUACCGAAAAUGGGAUUAAGAAGAGUGAUGAGGGGAAGAGUAAAGGUGGGAGCUUGAGUUUUGGGGUUGGGAAGGAGGUUAGGGUUAUUCAUGGUAGAGAACUUGGGUCGAAAGGUAGAGUUAUUGAGGUUUUAUCCGGUGGCGAAUCACUUAUUUUGAGGCUUUCGCGUAGUGAAGAGGAAGUGAAUGUUCGUGCAAAUGAAGUGGCGGAGUUGGGUUCAUUAGAGGAGGAGAAAUGUUUGAAGAAUGUGAAGGAAUUGAAGAUUCAACGUUCUAAGGAAGAUAGUAAAGAAAGGGUUAAGAAGGGUAAAGAUUCGUCCAGGGAAAGAAAGGAGAGCAAGAAAGGUAGAGAUGAAAGUAUGCAGGUGGAUGAGAAGAAAAGUAGUAGUAAUAGUAGUAGUAGCAGUCGCGUUUCUUGGCUUACCAGUCAUAUUAGGGUUAGAAUUGUUAGCAAGUCUUUCAAAGGAGGAAGGUUUUACUUGAAGAAAGGUGAGGUGGUUGAUGUGGUUGGACCGAUGACAUGUGAUAUAUCAAUGGAUGAGGGUAGAGAGAUUAUUCAGGGAGUAGAUCAACGAAUCCUGGAAACUGCACUUCCUAGACGAGGUGGUCCCGUUCUUGUUCUCUUUGGAAAGUAUAAAGGGGCAUAUGGCAGUCUUGUGGAGAAGGAUACAGAGAGGGAAUCUGGUGUAGUUCAAGAUGCUGAUACUCGGGAGCUGUUGAAUGUGAAGCUUGAACAAAUAGCUGAAUAUGUUGGAGAUCCGAGUUAUCUUGGAUAUUGAAUAAGGACGCUAUAGCAAACCAUAAUUGCAAGAUAUCGAUGGUUGAGGUUUACUUUGGUUUGCUGUGUAGAUGUCAUUGGGUAUAAUUCACUGUGACGAGUGUUGAGACUAAAUUUUUCCGCAUUCUCCUUGUUUGUGCAGAAGUUGAACUUACCAUUCAUAACAUCAAAAGUUGUAUUAUAACAUAUUAAUAAUUCCUUGCUAGACUGGAGAGGUCUUAGAUAUGAGAUAAGUUUCAUCAAUUAGGACAAACAUCAAAGGAUUGGUUGGCUGUGUGUGCUCUAGACAGAAGAAAAGCCCAUUGGGUCACAGAAGGUUUCCUUCUCUGUUUUAUUAGGACAAAGCUUUGGUUGGACUCACCAACAAUCAGAACUAUUAGGGUUUUUAUUUAUUAUGUAUGCUUCACUCACUUUAACCAAUUAAGUAAAGGUUAAUUUUGGUUUUUAAUCAUAGUACCAAGAUGCGAUUUUGGUCGCAAAUGUAGUAACGGUCACGGUGGUCAUGUCUUUUUACGCUCCAUCAAAUGUUGGCCAAAACCAUGACAUAUCUCUAAGAGGAGGCUACAAUGCGAAUUUUUAACUCCUUUAUGGUGUAGGUUAAAUUUGUAGACGGCUGAUACGAUACAAUAAAUUUGUAGACGGCUUAAGUUAAGGCCAAAGUGAAGCUUGGAAAAUAUUUAACUAUCAUUUGGUUAAAUGUCUAAUUAUACAUACAAUCUAAGAACAUAAUUAAGGCAUGUUUGGUAACCGUGAAGAAAUGUAAUAGAACUAAGAAAGGUAAGUAGUCAUAGCCCUCUAAAUCCCUUGUGUUUGGUUCAUAAGGGAAUACGUCAUUUCAAGUCCCUAAUGUUCUUUUUAUGCUGGUUGGUUUGCAUUAACAGUUGCUUUAUUUAAGAAGAGGUGUUUUCCCCUUAAAUUUUGUAUUAUGCAUUAGCUUAAGCUAUCAUUGGUGUUUGGUUUUUAGGCUGUGUCAAAAUAUAGAAAACCCAGAUUGCUGUUUAUUGCUCCUCCCUUUUCUACUAGAAAGGCUUUCCCUUGAGGAUAUUCUCUCUGUCAUCUGUCUCGUGGUUUAUGCCACAAGUACAAUACCUGUGAAACCAAGAAAAGGGAGAAAGUGGGUAAAAAGUGUGAUUUAUGAGAAAGUGGGAGAAAUGGGUGAAUGAGAUGAAAAAAUAAGUUAAAUACGUGGAUGAGAAUUAAAUAAGUGGUGUGGAUCAUGGCCAUUAAUAGAAAUGUAGCAUACCCCAUAGGACGAAGCAAAAUGGAAAAUGUAGCAAAAGCAUGAGAUAGAGGCAGUACAAUUUUAAGGUCUUGACAAACUACAUGAGUGAAAUGAUGACCAUUGCGGUGAAUUGCUUAUGUGGGGAUCUUAAUUGGAAAUGAUGACUGGAGGAGUCAGUUGAAGUAUUUUAUUUAUGGUUGUGAAACUUUUUCUGUCAUGGUCACGAUUGUACAACAAUUAUUAUCAGAGCUACUUAACCUACUUGGAUUUGCUAUUUGGGAAGGCUUUUCACCUUCUAUUAUGCUAUUCUGAAUCGAUACCUAGCAAAUAAGAUCAUGCGAAAUUGUGAGCUGCAAUUCAAAUUUAUGGAGAAAUCUGGAUUGCAGACUUGAGGAACUGGUUCUGAAACUUUAAUGUUAUGAGAAAUCUGUAAUGGAAGGAGUAUAGUGGAUAUUUUAUGGGGUCAGUUGGAUGUACAGUUAUGGGCAGAAUUGAAAACCAUUUUUGAUGUUUGAUUAUUUUUUGAGAUAAAUAGCUGAAAUUUUAGGUGCUGACUGCUGUCGAAUUUGUUAUUUGGAGUGGCUUAGUUUUGUUAUUUUGAAUUUCUAGAUGAGACAAUUCUUUCGUUUUGGAGCAUCACCAGUUACAUCAUUUUCCAGCAUGUUGGCGAGUUAGUUAAAGGUUUUGUUGAAGAAACAACUGUUACUGGAAGUCUGGAACUUAUGACAGAUACUUGUGAAGUCUCUACAACUUUGCUUCUAUUACUGGAAUUGCUGAUGGCAGUGGGAGAUGACCAAUAUCUGGGUACAUAUAGUACAAUCAUAGUGCCAAAACAAGGCCAUAUGGUAUUGUAUCUCCUGAAUCGUAACCGUUUCAAUUUACUUGGCGUAUACUGGCCGCUGCAUAGAGGUGGAAAGUUUGCGUUAUAGAUUACUUUAAGGGACAUCUCGUUGUAUCGGUUCAAUCGCUACUGAAAUCACAAUUUGGACUGGGUACAUUUGACUUUAUGCUCUUUGGACUUUAUGCUGCUCUUCGGGUUGCUCUCGUUCCUCGCGGGCUCACAACUCUUUGGUUCAUGUUGUUGCUUUUAAUCACAAUACACCAGCUUACAUCUCCGAUUGAAUCAAGGCCACCAUCGGCUGUGAUUAAGGCAGAACCAAGACCAUCACUCUAAGUCAUGGGCUAUUCAAUUCAUGUUUGGGGAACGUCUCACGAUGAGGCCAUCUCCCAAGAAUUUGUAAUAAAUCUUGAAUCAAGGCCAUCAACUGAAGAUGGAGAAUGGCCCAACACAAAAUAAGAGUGAUGAUAAGAUAAUUUUAAGGUUCAAUCACUCUCCGUCAUGUACUUUUAAGUUUUUUGUUUGUUCCUUUUUAAUUAUUCUUCUAUGUUUUUUUUAAUAAAAAAUUCUUUAUUAGAUAAUGGUCAUACUAAUUAUGAAUCCAA